AUGUCCUCCACGACGUCAUUCCCCACUCCGAGCGGCUCGUUCGCCUCUCUGCCGACGGGAACUUUUAGCGGGCCAGAUACCGGCUCACGUAGCACGACCGCCGCGAUGCUCUUCGCGUUUCUGAUCGUGUUCAUAGUGUUGUUGGGGCUGUUCAUUGCGGCGGGGGUAUUAUGGCAUCAUAUUGCGAUACGAAGGCGGUCGCGGCAGGCGUGGGUGAGCUAUGGGGACGAAUCCAAACCAGGGGGCAUAAAGAAACCGGAGAUCUGGGAGGUAUGGGCAGAUUACGAGACAGGUGGCGGAAUAAGGAACUUAGAGACGCUGCGGCCACUAGCCGUCGAGGUCGAACGCUCGUAUUCAUCAAAAUUGUCUCCACCGUCCCAUCCUGUGCCGAACACGACUCCUUCCUCGGAGUCACCACAGACUCGCAGCUGGUUUCCCACCUCGAUGCGCUCGAUACCUCCAGCGAAGGACCUCACACCCCCGCCGAGUCCAGUACAAAAGGCCCAAGUAUCUUUUCUCAUAGCCAUGCCGUCACAAACGCGAAGUCAGGGCAAAGCUGCACGCUGGUCGAUGACGUCCGAUGCGUCCCAUUUGGAUGAUUGGUCGCUCUCUGGAGAAUACGCGAUCGGCACACAUUACACACCGUUUCGCGGCGGGAACGAGGUCUGA